UAAUAAUUGCUACUUGCUAGUUAAAUAGUGGUUAAUAAAUAAAUAUACAAAAUUAUAUAUUUCUGACCCGUUGGAAAGCUAUUAUGAUUAAAUAUUGUCUGUUUUAUUUUAAAUGAAAAGUAAAAUGAUAUCUCAUUCGACGGUUAUUCGUACAGUUCCUCAACAGGAUUUGAUGAACGAAUUGAAAUUUUUUAUCAGAGGAACUACUAAGAAAGAAAAAUGUAGUCCUUUGGAUUUAACCAAAUCCUCACUGACUUUACUCAAAUGCCUUCCCGCUUGUAGAGUUGCCAUAUUUGAGUACUUUUCCAAAGUGUUUGACAAUGCAGCUCUCAACUACAUUGAAGGAAUAGAGACAGAAAUUAAAACGGGAAACCUACCACCAGUAUCCGAGUCAGACGAAUUGGUCAUAUCAGAGAUUCAUAUAGUUCUGGUGAGUUUGAUCACCGAGAGUGCUUCUGCUUGGGCACCGACAAUCAGUACUUGGUCCUUGGAAUUAUUAGGCGAAAUAUCCACAAAAUAUUCUGGAAGGGCUCACAUAUCUACAAAUCUAAACGAGACUUUGCAGUUGUGGAUGGCAUGCCGAGCUACAAGAACUUUGGUUGAUAUUAAUACUAAAUGUUUGUCUAGCCUUAUUCAUUGUGACACUGAAGCUUGUAUUAGCGCUCUCUUGGAUACGUCGGUAAAACAUUCACCAAAUUUUGACUGGGUUGUGGCGCAUGUUGGCAGCUGUUUUCCAAAUACAGUUAUAACGAGGGUUUUAUCUUGCGGGCUUAAAGAUUUUUGCCAAAAUAAAUCGUACGAUCAAGGAUGCAAAUCGCCAAAACUUAUAUCGGUUGUUGGGAUAUUAGGACAUUUGGCUGGCAGUCAUGUACAAGAUAUAAGAAAUGCAAUAUUAGAAAUGUUUUCGUGGAGUCUAAGAGAAACUUUCGAGGACACAGAUGCAACUAGACUACAAAAAAAAGCGACGGUUCCUUAUAUUUUACAGCUAAUGUAUUUAUCUUCUACAUUAUUGUCAUCGAUUUGCAGUGACACAAAAAAUAUAUUAACGGUAGAAGUUGUUGGAAGGUUGUAUCACUUUAUAGAAGACUGGUGUAGAUAUUUUGGAACGCCUGAAGCUUUAGAGGAACUCAUAACAACUUUAAUAUUACGUAGUGAGCAUGGUGCCGUUCAAAUUGUGAAUUUGUUGUUAAAUUGUAUUCUAGUGGAGAAAGUCAGAGGAAGCGAUGAAAUGAGGAAUGAUAUUAUAGAAAAGUCCAAGGAUAUACUUCAAAACGUGCUGUUAGAAGUCGACGAAUAUGUUAGACAUAACAAUCCCAUCAACAUUAUGAACUCUUUUUCAAAGGAGGUUCACGAAAUCGAAAAUAUGCUUCUCCAUCCCACAAAAAUUGUGUGUGAUACAGGAAGGCAACUCAUUACAUUCUUGGGACAUGGCAAUCCAUCGAUAAUGGUAAAAGCGGUUACUUUCUUGCUCCAGAACGCCACCACCUCAGACCAACUAGCCCUUUUAAUUAAGAUCCUGACAAGUGAACUUAUCGAUAAGACAUCUCCGCCGUAUUGUGAAAAGGGUGGACACUUUUCCGUAGUGUUGGAACAGUUGUUGAGUAGAUACGUCCAGAAAUUUUCCAUUUCCGAUGAGGAGGAUUCCGAUUUCUCGCAAAUGUGGCAUAAUUUGUUAACGUUACUGAAUUGGGAGAGGAGCGGACAAGUCUCGUUAUUGAAUUCUCAUAUUGUAACGAAGGCAAUAGAAUCAAAUCUAACAAAUUUGACGUCGUUAUUUGUCCACGAAGUGAAUCAUAUGCACAUCAUAGCCGAUAUUUUGGAUAUAAUGGAAAUUCCCGUGCCAAACGAUUCUUACAGCCCACCGAUUCAAGUCAUAUUGAAUUUAACUCAGUCGACCGUGAACUAUUUCUUUGCUUGCUGUAGGGACGACGGUACCUCGACAAAAUUUAAGGGAUUCGCUAAAGUCGCAGCAAUGUUAAAAAGGAUUUGCAUAUAUUCUAAAGUAGCGAAAGUGCUUGCGUUGCGGGAACUGUUGGAAAGGGCGCUGUUUCGUAGUGAUAACGUACUUUUCGGGGCCAAGGGUAACAUCCAACACGAUGCCAGCGAGAAAGGCCUUUUGAAACAGAAUAAGAAAAUCAAUAAAACGAUUCCUUUAACCAAACACUCCUCGGUAUUCAACGGCGGCGUAAUUGGGAGAGGAAAACGGAAAUCCAUUACUUCGGAUCAGCUGUCUAAUGAAGUUGUUGCGGCCAACACUUACCAGCUUAUUAACGCUAUUAAAGCCUGUUGCACGUUGCCGGAGGAAAACAAGUACUGCGACAUGUCUUUGGACAGCGUGACGCUCCUGUCGUUACUCUUAGUCCAGUUCGUCAGUCCGGAUGUUAUGUACAACGGGCUGCCUUGGCCAGAGGAAGAGUUUUCAAAGGUUACAAUGGAAAGGGACCUUUUUAUUAGGAGGAUGUUCACUAAUACACCUCUACUCUGGGAACUUUUAAGUUUGGUGGCGGUCUAUCGACCGGCAAUCUGCUAUUGUUCCGUUUUAUUAAGGGCGUUAACUGCCACCUUGAUACAUCAGUGGAAGAGCAUGGGGGAACAAAGUAAGGCCGACGAGUCGGAAAACUACAAGAGCCUUAUGGACACCACCGUAAAAGUAAUCGAUGUUAUGGCACUGGGACAACUUUUACCUCCUCCCCUUUCUAGUAUUAGAGAUGUGAUUCCGCAUUUAAAGUGCUUCGAGAUCGUGGCAAUUCUAAGGGAAUCCAUUUGGUUGUAUAUGCGCGACCACAUCCCGUCCCCUGCAUUGUUCGGUUGCGAUACGAACGGGAUACACUGGAGGGACCCGAUUCUCGCCAGGCCGCCGGAAGUUUAUACGAAUACUUUAAGAAUUAUCAUGCAAAGGAACAUAAAAACUCUAGGGCAUAUGUAUGCGCAGAUGUUCAUUAAUAUACCCAAAAAUGAAUAAAAGGUGAGUCGCGUUAUGUAGUAUUUUUA